CUAGGUAUGACUUCCGCCUUCAAUCGAUUAAAAGUGUUUCUUGAAAUAACUAAAUAACCUCAUAAUUUUAACGAAAAUUAGUAUUUUUUGAGUUAUAUUAUUAAAGUAAGGAGAAAUGGAUCAAGCGGAGGACGCAGCAGAAAGUAUUGUUCGAUUGAAAUCCGGAAUUAAUCUAGGGAAAUUAGUCUCCGAUGCCGGUACAACAUUUGAAAUAGAUUUAAGUGAUGUUCAAGAAAACUUUGAAUCUAUGUCCACAGAAAACCCUGCCAACUUACUUAAUUAUUCAAAUUUAGAUUGUUUGGGUCUUAGUGAUGAGGAUACUUACAAUGAUGAACCAUUUACACAACUUGCUAAAAAAAUGGAAGAUUUACUACCUGAUGGUAAAAUAAAAAAGCGAAUUUUAAGGCAAGGAGUAGGAGAAAUUGUCACUGAAAAUGCUUCCAUAACAUGUGAUUACAACGCUUUUUUUGAAUACAAUCCUGAACCUUUUGAUUCAACAUACGCGUUUCAUAGAUCUUUUCGGUUUCAACUAGGCGCAGGUCUUGUUCUACCUGGUUUAGAACUUGCGGUUAAAUCAAUGAAAAUGAAUGAAAAAUCUCAAUUUUUAAUACAUCCCGAUUAUGCGUAUGGUUCUAUGGGAUGUUUGGAUAGAAUCCCUGAAAAUGCCACGAUUUUAUUUGAAAUUGAAUUAAGAAAUUAUAUAAAUUUAGGUGAGGCGGAAACUGUUGAAGAAGCUGGAGAAGAAGACAGUUUUGAAAAAAAUUACCAACGCGCUGAAGCUUUACAUUUAAAAGGGAAUGAUUUCUAUAAAAGAGAUCUGUAUCGUCAAGCUAUUAAACAAUAUAACAUGGCAAUUUGUAAACUGGAACAUUCCCGAUUAAAUGAUUAUGAAGAUCAAAAAAAACAACAAUCUUUACUAUUAAAAUUGUACACAAAUUUAGUUGUUGUGUAUACAAAGAACCAAAAGGCACGUAAAGCUUGCCAAGCAGCAAAUGAUUUAACAUAUAUAGUAAAAGGAACAUCUUUAAAAAUUCCGGUUAAAGUUCAUUAUAAUCAUGCACGGGCUUUAAUAAUGUUGGAUAAUUUCAGUGAAGCUGAAAAAAAAUUAAAACUUGCCCAUCGUUUAGAACCGAAUAGCAGCGAAAUUGCCGCCGAAUUUGUCAAAUUAGAAAAGUUAAAGAAACAAAGCCUCGAACGGGAGAAAUUAAUUUGUAAGGCUUUAAUUGGUAAUUCUAAAGAAAGCGACAAACCCGUUUUAACCGAAGAAUUUAAAAGUGAAAUUCAGAAAACCUUGACUGCAUUAGUUGAUGAUCCCGAUUGGUUACAGUAUAAAUUAAAUGAUGGUAUGUCAGAAGAAGAACAUGAAUAUGUUCGAAAUGAAGCGCUAAAAAGAAGUCUUAAAUUUCGACAAGAUGAAAAGCAUUUUUAUGUUUAUAAGCCAGAGAUAAAUAAGUAAUCUCUUUUUUUUUUCUAUGUUAUAUAAAAGUGUAUUCAUUUAUAUUCAGUUAUAAGAAAUAAGAAUAAAUCGCUCAGUUUUUAAA